UGAAAUAUAAGAUGCAAGAAGAUAUCCAUUCCCGAGAAUUUCUCACUUCAAAGUAAAAAGUAAAUUAAAAUCGUUUUAGCAACUCUGUCCUCCUCUGUGCUGCAACAAGUAUAUAUAUAUAUAGUCGUGCAUGGGAUUUCAAAGUACAGUAGACUAGUAGUAGUAUGUACAUAUUCAAUGUCCUCUAAUCAUAACUCGCCAUCCACAAUAAUCCAUGCUCUUAUUUAUAUGACUCGCAAUAUCUAUAAAAAAACUGAAUCCGUUGUCUUUUCUCAUCUCCCAUCGAGUUUGGAGGAUAAUUGGAGCGGUAAAUCAUGGAUUUUCUUGGGGAAACUCUCUCCCUUCUCUUCUCAACCAUUAUCACUCUCUACACACUGCUGCUCCUCUACUUCCCUUCUCUUUUCCUCCAAUUCAUUUUCUCACCCGUCCUCCUUUCCACCUUAAUUCUCUUACUUUACCUUCUCAGACUAGGCGCAGCACAAAAUUCUGAUCCUCCACGAAACGGAUCCAAUUCCGCCGUAUCAGAUUCCUCACCGCAGCCAAUUCAAGAUCACAAGUGGUCUUCACGCGUGGAACUACCCCCUUCCAGAUUUGAACCCGACUCGAGCCCCUUUUACGCCGACUCGUUUGUCGAGUGGGACGUCAGAGCCCCACUGGAGGUUAUAUACGAAGAAUACGAAGGCGAUGAUGUCGAGGAGAAGGACGACGGCAGGUACGCGUCCUUGUCUUUGUUUUACCCGGAAUCCGACAGCGAUACUUCGUCCGAGGGGGGUUUUCCGACGGACGGGAGUUGGGACUCCCCGUAUAACAUGCGUUUUCGGUGGGAAGAGGAGGAUGAUGAUGAUCGAGAUGGUUUGAUAGAGAUUGCAUUGGACGAGAAGAGGAAUAGCGAGGUCGAGGAAGAGAAUCUGAUUGAGAUUGAUCUAUCUCCGGCGAGGUGACGUGGAAUUCGCGGCGAGUUGAUGGUACGGGGUUUAAGGUACAGUUAAACCAAGUUUUGUGGAUAAUUAAAAAGGAGAGACGUUUUCUGGGGUUCUGGGUUUUUAGUACAUAGAGGUUUUACCGUUGUAUUAAUCAAGGACUAAAAGCGCGUUUUUAUAUCACUAAAUCCAAAGAUUACUAAUGAUGAAGGUUUGCUUUAAAUGACGGAUUUUGCCCUCAACAAUCUUUUUCCCUCCUCCUGUUCAAUUUUUUCAUUAAAAAAAAAAAAGGUGCUGGUUUUUACCUCCAACCGUUUCCUCUCGGCCUUAUGUCUGAUUUGUGGUUAAGUUCAUCAUCAAUGAUACUAUUAAAUGACGAUUUAUAUAUCACAUUCUCAUGCAAAUGGAAACUUACAACACAAGUUCAGAUAACAUACUAAAAAUUAAUCCAAGUACAGAGUAAAGAUUUUUUAAUAUAAAAAGUAGGGGGAUUGGAAAGGCUAGAAGUGAGUUAUGGUGGAAGUGGAAAGUUUGAGGGGACAUGAGAAGCUGUGUGGGUUAUAGGAGUUGGGGUGAUAAAAAGUAGUGUAGGUACGUGGAAAUGGUGAUGAGGGAAAGAUAGGCAUGUGAAAACGUGGUUUGGUGAACAUUUUUGAGUGAAAGGGAUUUGACGCUUAAAAGUUGGAGGAAAAAUAAAUAGAUAAAUAUACACAAACCCCACUACCCACUAGAUUGUGCUAGUAUUGAUCUUUAGGCUAA